GCUAUAAAUUGAGACAGUCAUUCUGCCAAAGAACCCUCCUAGGGACCAGUCCAUCACUGUGGCGUGAAUUAGGGCGUAAGAAGCGGCCUUCUGAAGGAGUGUGCCGUUAUAGAGGUGAAGCUGUGCCGCAACUUCACUGUGGUCCUGUGCGGCAGCAGAAAGGACUUUUUUUGUUUAAGAUAUUUGUGAUCGUGAUCCUGGUAACCGAGAAGACUGACGGUGUGAUUGUGUGAGAGGAGAUAGGGGUUUUCCUCCAACCAUGUGGGUCCUAAACAGGAGGAAUCUGCUCUGCAGCUUUGUGAUAUCGCUAGUGCUGUGCCAAAGUGUUUCUGCAGCAUCCUGCAAAACCGGCUGCCCAACACCAAACAAAUCUACCAAGUACCAAUUCCAACCGGGAAAUGUCUACACCUACGAUCUGGACAGUUUUGUCCAAGUGCAGCUGACAUCGGAAGAUGUUGACGCCCAGCAAACGACGCUGAAGGUAGACGGAAAGGUUGAGGUCUACGCCGGCGACAACUGCCAAUACACGCUGAAGGUCCUCUCGCUGACGACCUUCGCGCCCGAUGGCAAGAAGUCCAACUUCGGCGGUGACAUCACCAAACCCGUCCAGUUCACCUUGUCCAACGAUGAACUCUCGCCGGAGCUCUGCGCCGAGGAAAGCGAUUCAGACUUUUCGCUGAACGUCAAGCGUGGUAUCGUUUCGCUGUUGCAAUCCGCCGAAAGCAAGUCCUUCGAAACGGACGUCUUCGGUGUGUGUCCAACAUCGUUCUCAAGCUUUGCCACUGGAGGUGCUACCGUCGUGAACAAAGUUCGCGAUCUGGCCGGCUGUGGAUACCGCGAGUCUCUGAGUAACAGCCUUGUUAGCAGCAUUGUCAACUCUAAAGCUGGCUUGAAAUCCACUCCACUGCUGACGAGCAACUACAACAGCCAGCAAACAUUCAAAAAUGGCGUGCUGGAAUCGGUCAAACUCGGAGAAGAGUACAAGUAUGUGCCGUUCGCUAAGCUCAACUCUGGCGCUCAGGCCAAGGUGACCACCAAACUGACGUACACCGGAACUAAAGCCGGUGCCGCUCCAGCUUUGACUGCCGGUGCUCCACGAUCGGUCAUCUUCGAGAACCCUCAGACCGACUCCCAGGGAAAUCUGGAAACAAUCAAGCAGGAACUGAAAACCGUUGUGGAUUCUUACAGCCAGAACAAUGUGGGUAAGCUCACCGCGAGCCACUUCACCGAGCUGGUUCACCUGAUGCGCUUCUCCAAGAAGGAUGAUCUAUUGUCGCUGUACCAGCAAGUUAAGGCCGGCAAUGCUCACAAGAACAAGUUGCUCGCACGUAAGGUCUAUUUCGAUGCCUUGUUCCGAGCUGGAACCGGUGCCUCCGUUGAAGCUUUGGCCAAUCUAUACAAGAACAAGGAGGUAUCUGACGCAAAGGAACAGAAGCUUCUCUUCGUUUCUCUCAACCUGGUCACUUCUAUGACUAAACCAGCAUUGAAAGCCGCCAAGCUGCUGCUCGACGGAAACCCAUCUCGUGAAGCUUACCUCAGCGUCGGAAGCUUAGUCAACAAGUACUGCCAGAAGUUCGGAUGUGAAUCAGCCGAUGUUAAAGAAAUCUCUGACAAGUUCUCUGCAAAGCUUGGCAAGUGCCAACCGACCACCCGCCAAGAAGAGGAUACUAUCGUCGCUGUUCUGAAGGGUAUUAAGAACUCAAACACACUGGUUGCUCAACUUUUGGACAAAGUCGUGGGUUGUGCCUCUGAUAAGUCCUCUGCUCGCGUUCGAGUAGCUGCCUUCCAAGCCUAUCCAGCAGCGUCUUGCAACAAGAAGAUUGUCAACUCCGCCCUGAACUUCCUGAAGAACGUCAAUGAAGAUUCUGAAAUCCGUAUUCAAGCUUACCUCUCGCUGGUGGAGUGCCCAUCGGCUGCGGUGGCAAAUGAGAUCAAGGCUCUGCUGGACAAUGAGAAGGUGUACCAAGUUGGUUCCUUCCUCACUACCCACCUUGCUAGUCUCCGUGCAUCUGCUGAUCCAACACGAGAUGCUGCUCGUCAACACUUUGCCAACAUUCGUACCACCAACAAAUUCCCAUUCGACUUCCGUCGCUACUCGUUCAACCGCGAGUUCUCGUAUGCUGUUGAAUCUCUUGGUUUGGGUGCCAGUGCCGAUACCAGCGUUAUCUACUCGCAAAAGAGCUUCUUGCCAAAGUCAGUUGCAUUCAACGUUAGCACUGAAGUGUUUGGUAACUCAUUCAACGUUUUCGAAGUCGAAGGUCGUCAGGACAACUUGGACCGCGUGGUUGAACACUACUUCGGCCCUAAGGGAUUCUUCCGUGGAAUGGAUCUGCAAACUGCUUUUAAUACUCUUCGCGAUCAAUACACAAAACUGUCCGAGAAAGCUCAAAGUCGCUUCCGUCGUGGACUUAAGGAAGAUGUUAGAGCGUUUGCCAAGGGAGUGAAUAUGCGCAACGAUGCUCUGGAAGACUUCAACCUGGAUGUCUCGGUCAAGUUCUUCGGAUCUGAACUAUUCUUCUUGAGCUCUGGAGAGCAUGUCCCAAGCACUCCUGAAGAGUUCCUGGACAAGCUGCUGGAAUGUUUCGACAAGUUCCUGGAGGGAGCCAAGAAAUACGACCGUGUAUUUGAACAGCAUGCUUUGUUCUUGGAUUCGGAUCUGGUGUACCCAACUGCAGUUGGUCUGCCCCUGACUCUGUCGUACGAGGGAACCGGUGUGGCCCGUUUGGAAACAAGCGUAGAAAUCGAUGUCAAGGAUAUUGUCAAGGACUACAAGAACACCAAGUUCAAUGUUAAGCUGGUUCCCAGCGGAAGCUACGAAUUUACUGGAACUCUUAGCGUCGAUGCAUUCACUGUGACCACCGGCCUUCAGCUCUCUAGCACAGUUCACUCUUCUACUGGAAGCGCCGUCAACUUUGCACUGCUGGAUGGCGGAAAGUCAUACGAGCUCACGGUCGAUUCCCUGCUGAAGAAACAGGAACUGUUCAGCUUCAACAGCAAGCUUGUCUUUGUGACUCGCGAACGUGGUAAUCAACUGAUCUCUCUCCCGCUGAAGAUGAAUCAGCAGGUUAAGGAGUUCAAGGAAUGUUUCGAUAAUCUAUACCAUGUCAUCGGCGUUACUCUCUGCGCUUCCGCUGGACAGAAGCAGGUUCCUGGAAAAGCUAUGGUGCCCUUGGAUGGAGAAUACCAUGCAGAACUUUACCUUGAAGUUGACCCCAAGUAUCACUUCACCGGAAAGUACGACGAUUCGGAUAAGCAACAUCAGAGUUUGCUGAUGACGUUCGAUACUCCUGGAUCUGACAAGAAACGUGCCACCAGCCUUAAGCUGGAAAGCUAUUUCAAGGGCGAUGCUUACGUAAAGGCCACUUUGUUGUCUCCUUUGAGAAAUGUCGAUCUAACCUUCGGAUUGAACAACAACGACAAGGAAGCAUCUCUAUACGCAUUGGCCCACAAUGGACCCGAUGAGUAUCUGGCCAAGGUUGGAUUUGAAAAGGGCGGAUCCGCUGCUCGUCAGGAGUAUGUGCCAAUCUUCACCGUGAGAUCCCCAACUGGAGAUGCCCAAGUCUCUAAGCUUGUUCAAACUACUGGUAAAAUUGUCGUCGAAAAGGCCGAUGGUGGUGCUACCAAGUACAACCUGGAGAACGUAGAAUGGACUAGCCCGUAUGCUCCCAAGACAACUGUGAACGGAUUUGUACUCCAAAAUGGACCAAGCUUCGAUACCGAUCUGGCUGUCGUUGUCGGUGCCAGCAAGAACAACGUCAAGGGACAUCUGGACUUCAGCCCCAAGCACGUCAACUUUGACCUCGAGAAGAAAUCUGACGGUGAUGCCGAUAAGAACUUCAAGGUGAACAUGGCUCUCGCGUACACAGAAAACUCGUUCAAGAAUGUUUUCGUCUUCUUGUCCGGAAAGGACUUCACUCACCCGACACAUCGUUACGAACUGAACCAAAACGCUGAGUUCGAAUUCGAGGACAAGAAACUGCAAUCGCUCAAAAUGGACAACAAGCUGCAGUUGCCUAAGCAGAUGGUCCGAUUUGAUUUUGCCACCAGCAAGAACCAGUUCAAGGUAGAUGGAGAAUACGGUUACGAUAAGUACAAGAUUGCCGCUAACGUUGAUGCCAAGUACAACGAAAAGACUGCCGGCGAUUACGAUUGGACUGUUGGAGGAUCGCUGAACAAACAUUUCUUCAAGUUCGUCUCAAAACGCACAAUGGAUUCGACCAAGAGCCGAUUCCAGAACCAACUGACGGCCAGCACUGGUACCAAAAUCCAAGUGAACGGCGUUGCCACCAACAAGUUCAGCGAUCAGGAUGGUGAACUCAACCUGGAGGGUUUGUUCGUUGCCGUUGAUAAGGCUGAUCCCUAUAAGCUAAACCUGGUCCUCCAACUGAGCCCAUCCACUGUACUGUCGAAUGCUAAGGUUCUCGUUGGAAAGGACGAAUUUGCCACGUACGACCUUAAGCUUGACCGCACUGAAAAUGCCAAUGGAAAAUUCACCUUUGUUGUCAAGGACUUCUUGGAUGGAAACGGAGAAUUCAAGGCCAACAAGGGUCAAGGUGACGGAACGGCUUUGGUGAAUUUCCUGAAGCAAGAUCGCAAACUCAAGCUCGAUACCAAAUUCAAGGUCAACGCACCGGUGUUUGAUAUCGUGACUGACUUCUACUAUGACUUCGAGAAGGACAACACCAAGAAAGUACACUUCGACACCAAGAACAAGGUCACCAAGAGCAGCUUUGAUAGCAAGAAUAAAUUGGAAGUGUUCUCUGAGAAAUACGAGUUCAACGUUCAAGGCCAACAGAGCGGCCAAGUUAAUGAUGGCACGACCAAUGGAAAGUUCUCCUUGACCCUACCCACUGGACGACAGCUUUCUGGAGACUUUAAGCGUGAGAUGAACAGCAAGGAUGACAAGAAGGUCGUCGGAAGCAUUACUGCCAAGUUGACAGAUAAGUUGCCAGGAGGUAAACAGCAGACCGCUUCAUUAACUGGAUCUCUCAAGGACGGCGAUUUCAAGGCCCGCUUCUUCGAUAUGGUACACAAUCUGAAAUACACAAACUUUGAUGGAAAGGAUUUGGAUGUGCAGCUUGAAACUAAGCAUCUGCCGGUUGGCCACUUCAAGAACGCUGCCUUCCAUGCCAAGGUGCAAGGUUCGCUGGUUCCUCAGGCUGGAGAAUUUAACUUCGAUCUGGAUGAGUAUUGCGAAAACCAUGCCGUCUACCGAGUUGGUGGAAAGUAUGGUUCUGACUUCGAUGGCACCGUUAGCGGAAACUACCAUGUUGGAAAGCCAGGAAAACCUUAUACUCAUGAAUUGAAGGCAUCUUUGAACAUUCCUCAGGCUCCAGUUAAGAGUUUGUCUGUUGAAUCUAAGGGCAGCUAUCUGGAACCCGAAAGUGAUGCUGGGCUUUACGAAUUUGAAUACACUGGAACCUUCGGAUAUGGAGACAAGAAGGUUGAACUAGCUACUACAGCAAAAGGUAACGUCAAUCAUGGAACUGGAAGCGUCAAGCUCAACCUUCCAGAUGCUGAUCCUUUCGCUGCUGAAGCUUCGUACAACUAUGAAGGCAAGGAAGAUGGACCAAUCUCAACCAAGGGAUCUCUCAAGGUUAGCUAUGGAAAGGGUAAAACUCUGGAAUUCACCGGCGAUGCCAAGGCAGUUGGAGCUGAGGAUGUCUCGCUUCAUGCUACUAUCAAAUCGGACUUCGAUCAAGUAAAGAACGUUGAACUUACCUUCAAGCAUGUCAAAUCGGGAGAGAACGGUUACCAUACUAAACUGAAUUUGGUUGCCGAUGGCAAAGCGUACAGCGUUGAUAACGCUGUUGUUCUAUCUGAGACUUCUCCAUCUGUCGAUUUCACCCUCGGAUACCCAGACAAGACUGUCAAGGUUUACGGCGGAUAUAAACUGCUGAGUGAUCGUGCUUUCAAGGCUGAUGCUAAAGUUCAAAACUUCGGCGAUUUCAACCUGGACGCCAACGUUGAAGCCAACUUCCAGAGCUACGAAGCAUUCUACGCCAAAUUGUACUUGGAUGCUCCCAAGUUGGAUGCCAAGAAGAUCACAGUCGAAAUCAACUCUAAGCCAGGAAACAGCGGUAAGGGUGUAGAGUUCAAGGCCUCAUCUGAUGGAAAGAAUGUUUUGAGUGGAUUCGCUGAUUAUUCUGUCAAGGAGCAGGGUAAGAGUACCGUUAUUGAAGGACAAGGCAAUGUCAAGCUGUACGACAAACAACAAACUGCAUCGUUCAAGUUAGUCCGUGAGAAACUGCAAGAAGCCGGUUACGCUUUCACUCUGUCUGGAUCUGUUGGCAAGAAUAGCGUCUCAACGGAGGUUCGUGUUAAACCAAAUGAUUUCAAACUGAAGCACACUGUUUGUGACGAAAAGAAGAAGUGCACUAAUGUUGAAGUACAGUCCAAGUUGGAGCGCGUUGGAGAAAAAUUCAAUCAUGAAGCUUUGAUCUCGGUUGAUCUGCAACAGCUCGGAUACGUCUAUGAGUUUGGAUUGAACUCUAAGACCAGCGGAAAUGGAUUCACUCUUGAUCACACUACCGAUGUUGAGUUGAAGGAGAAGCAACAGCCCAAGUACCAAUACCACCUGUACCUUCACCCACACAGCGCUGGAGCUAGUUUGGUCCUCCCAACUCGCUCACUUGUCGUCGAAGGAGUGUUCAAUUACCCGAAGGACAAAUUUGGCCAAUACGACAGCACCGUAUCAUUCUACCUGGACAAGAAGAAUGCCCCAGCCAACAAGGCUACCUUUGGAUUUACCGGAGAAACUAAGUUGAUUGGCUCUGCAGGAGUUAGUGGAACUGGCUCCCUGAAAUUCUCGCACCCAACUGUUAAGGACCUGGUUGUGAGCGUAUCUGGUCUCGUGGACGGAGAGAAACAAACUGUCGACGGAAAGGUUGAACUGGAUAUCUUCAAAAAUGCCAAUGAUAAACUCGUAGCCCAUGCCAAGUACAUCAACAGCGACACGAGCUUCAAGGGCUACAACGUUAGCUCGGAAGUCACCGUGUACAGUAAAGGCCUCGGCUUCAACUGCGGCUUCAACGGACACUCUGCUCUUUCGUUUGCCACUAAGCAGUUGAGUACCGCUGCAUUUGUCGAUCUUCCAUUUGAAGAUUUCCGAUUUGGAACUUACCUGUUCGCCAGCCCAGAAGAAUUCGAUUUCCUGCUCAAGAGGUUCAAUGACGAAUUGGUCCGUGCCCAUGGUACCUACGACGUCAAGAAACACAAGGCUGACCUUACCUCUACCUUCAAAUUCGUGCCAACUCGUCCAGUUGUGCUGCAAACCACUGUGAAUGGUCUCUCUUCCGCCAAGUUCUCAUUGACUCAGGACAAAUUCUUCUUUGUUGAUGGUACAUUCACUGUCGAUAAGACCGCUACUUUAAAGGUUCUUGGAAACGACAAGGAAUUGCUGAACGCCAAGGUUGCAUUGGACGCAACACAUUUCCUAUCAACUGACUACAAGGUUAACGAAGAAAACGCCAAGAGCUUCUUGCAAGCUUUCAACAAACAGCUCCAGGCCGAUCUGGAAAUUUCAAAGGCCGAAUUCGAAAAGAAAUACACUAAACUUACAGCUGAUGUCAACAAGGUUGUUAACAACGUCAUUGUAGCUCUGCCUGAUUUCAGCAAGUUCCAAGCCGAUUACACUGAGCAGUUCAAGAAGAUUCAGGAAGAAGUACUCCAAGACCCAACCAUCAAGCAGUUCUUCGAAUUCUUCACGAAGGUCUUAGCUGCCGUCAACGAAGUUGUUGCCCAACUGUCUCAAGUUUACGCCGAAAACUUCAAGAAGGUAUCAGCUAUUGUAACCGACGUCGUUGGAAAGCUAUCGGAAACAUUCAACACCAAGGUGCUUCCGGUUCUGAAGGAGCUUUAUGGAAAGACUGAAUCGCUUGUGUACGGAAUCUACGAAGAAACUGUUAAACUGGUUGUGGCUGUGUUUGAACGUACCAUCAAAUCACUGAAGGCCUUCGAGGAAGAUUUCAACAAGGUGGCCAAGAACGUUUCGGAAUUGUUCAGAAACUUUGCACAAACCUUCAACAAGGCUAUCGCUACACUUGAUAAGGAAUUCAGAGAGCUGUACAAACUGGUCCAGGAAUACUUCGACUCGUUCGAUGAAUUCAAGGUGAUCAAGGAAACUUUCAAGGAAUACUUCGAAGGUGCAGACAAAUAUGCCUUCCAGCUGCUGAAGGAAUUGCUGACUCUUAUUGAAGACUUGUACCCAGUGCCAGAAAUUAAGACUUUCACUUCUUCCGUUAACCAGUAUGUUACCAGCAAGCUGGAAAAUAAGAAAGUCAAUGAUAUUGAAGAGCUCAAGAACAUUUUCGUACACUUUGUCAAGGCUAUGUCCAUGCUGUUCGAUAGGCUGUCAACCACUUUGUCCACAUCUCUUGAAGAACCAGGAUUCGCUGGUGGACUGCCAUCAUUCAUGACGUUCAAGGUCUUCCCAUACGUCAGCAGUGUCAAGUUCAGUCCAUUCAACUAUCUUCGCAACGAGAAGUUCUAUUCACUCCGUGACUUCUUGUAUCAGUUCCGCCCAUACGCCUGGAAUCCGUUUGCAGUUGUACCACCAUUCACCAUGCAUGGAGAAAUUGCCGAUGGUAGCCACUUCUUCACCUUCGAUGGACAGCACUUCACCUUCCCAGGAAGCUGCCAGUACGUUCUCGCUUCGGACUUUGUUGAUGGAAACUUCAGCAUCGUAGCAAACAUCCAGGAUGGUAAACUGAAGUCGGUUUCUUUGGUUGAUAAGGAUGUGAUCGAACUGAAUGAUCAAGGCGUUGUCACCUUCAAUGGAAAAGCCACUGAUUUGCCACUGCACAAGAAUGAUGUGCACGCUUGGAGACGCUAUUAUACCGUUAACCUGUUGACCACCUAUGGAGCAAACAUUAUGUGUACUACCGAUCUGAAGGUUUGCCACUUCACCGUUUCUGGAUUCUAUCUAGGAAAGGUCCGUGGUCUGCUGGGUAACGGAAACAACGAGCCCUACGAUGAUUUCACUCUGCCAAACGGAAAGAUCUCCGAAAGCUCUACUGACUUUGCCAAUACCUACAAGGUCGCUAAAUCAUGUGCUGCCGUUGCUGAUCCAGGACAUACCAAGCAUGAGCACAGCAGCCCAGUUUGUGCUAAACUGUUUGGCUCGGAUAGCUCGUUGAGAUACUGCUAUUUCUUCAAGGAUCAGACUAACUACCGCGAAGCUUGCGAGCAUGCCGUCCACGGUGCUGCUAAGCCUGAGGAAGCCGGUUGCUCUAUUGCUUUCGCCUAUGCUUCGGCUUGUCGCUUGGAAAUGAUCCCCGUGAGCGUGCCAUCUCAGUGCCAGAUGUGCUCGGUUGGAGGCAAAUCAGUUGAUGUUGGCGAUCAGUUCAGUGUCAAGUCACCGCAGAAGCAAGCUGAUGUUGUGUUCGUUGUGGAUACCUCUAAGAGUACGUUACUCGGUGAACUGGUUCAGGCUACGAUCAACGAUCUGCGCAAGGAGUUGAAGGCCAACGGCCUUACUGAUGUGAACGUGGUUGUUCUUGGCUUCGACAGGAACAAGACGUACGUGAGCUUGUUCACCAGCGGUGGCAAAUUAGACUACACUGGCAAGCUGGGACAGGCUGACCUCAGUGGACCUGAAAAUUGCAAACCAUUGGUAACUGGAAACAAGAACGUCGACGAGUUCUUCAAGAUUCUCUACGAUCUGUCGGAGAAGGCUGCUGAAGACUUGGGAGUUACUCCGGAUGCACGUGCUUUCGUUGAAGCUCUGCAGUAUCCAUUCCGCGCCACUGCUAGCAAGCACAUCGUUAUUGUGCACUCGGACGAUACGGAGAAAGUACCCAAUCCAGCUCGUGCAAUCAAGUCUGUUUUGGCUACUCUCGAUUUGAAGGUUAAGGGUAUUGGCCUGCACGUUGUAACUCCAGUGAAGAACUUGGGCAUCACCAGCAGCAAGGACUCAAAGAAGGUCAAGGAUCUUGUUGGUUUCAACUCCAAGCAAGCAUUCACUUUGGCUGACAGUAAGAAACGUACCAACAUUGGCUCGACUGAGCUGAAGAACACCUUGAAGUACGAUUCGGACCUGUUAGUCGACAUGGUCAACAAGAACGACGGAUUCGUGUUCGUGUUGCAGAACUUCAGCGGACUGAAGCAACCCAAGGACAAGAAGUCGUUCGUGUCGGUCGUAGCGUCGGCCCUUGGAGAACACAUUGCGCGAACGGAAGUCAGCAGCGACUGCGUGUGUAAGCUACGGAACGGCUUGCACGCGGAAGAGUCUUGUGAGGCUAAAGAAACUAGGUACCUACCACCAUCGAAGAAAACCGGUGCCAAGGGAUAAGCUGCAUAGUCAACAGCAGCCAAAAGGGGAGAGAUGACUUCCAGCCAUAUUUAUUAUCUUCGCCUAGCACUAGAACUGUAUCAUCCCGAAUGCCAUUUUAACGGUACCAUCCUAGGGAAACGAUAAUCUGUAUUGUAGUACUUCAGAUCAGAAAAAAAACGAAAUAAACGAAUGAUGUUUUUGUAUUAAUA